UUGGAGGCCAUCAUCCAAUCCCUACAAGAGAGCAUCGAGGGGAUGCGCGACGACUUGGCCUUGUGCAAAAAGGCCGCCGCUAACGGGAGCGUUAGCGUUACUUCAAGUCCAAGGGUGGACUGCCCGAAGCCAACGGGAUUCAACGGCGUAAGGGACGCCAAGGAAGUUGAGAACUUCCUAUGGAGGAUGGAGCAAUACUUUGAGGGUAUCGGUCUAGUCGACGAGACGACUAAGGUAAGAACUGCUUCCCUUUAUCUUUCCGAUACUUGGGAAGAGUUCAAGAGGGAACUCAAGCGACACUUCUACCCGGAGAACGUCGUUUAUGAGGCUCGAAGAAAGUUGAGGGAACUCAAGCAACGAAGUUCAAUCCGCGAGUACGUGAAGGAGUUCACCACCCUCACCCUUCAAAUUCCCAACCUUUCCGAGGAGGAUCUCCUUUUCCACUUCACCGAUAAGUUACAAGGCUGGGCCAAGCAAGAACUCCACCGACGAGACAUCAAAUCCGUCGAUGAAGCUAUUGCCGCCGCCGAGUUUUUAACCGAGUAUCAACCGAGAGAUCCGUUGCGGAAAGAGAAGUGGAACCCGACUAAAGGCGGGGGAGAGAGACGGGACAAUCAUGGUCGGGACCAUCGAGACAACCGAGACCCACGGCGAGCGUCAACCUCGAGGGGAGGAGACAAGCCAUCCUCACGCCAACAAUUGGAAAAGAAGAAAAGGUCAUUUGUGCCUAAGGGAGGAUGCUUCGUGUGCAGGGGCCGCACGCGAUGA